AUGCAGAAGCCACAAUCCCAUACAACGCAGCAACAACAAUCUGUGCAGACUCCGCUGCAACAUCAGACGUUAGCUUCUCAUCUCUAUCCCUUGGUGGAAAAUUUAAAAGAUGUGACUGAAUCUAGAGCACGAGAUCAGAACUCUGAUGCCCUGUAUGUUGAUGUACAGAAGCAAAAUCUAGAAGAAAGUGAACAAUUGCUUCAACAAAGAAUGGAAUUGAUUGAGGAAUACAAGAAAUCUGUCGAAGAGAUUGUGAAAAAAGAGCCUUAG